CAAGCAAUUUGUGAUUUCCCCAGUUUCCAUAGGCUUCCUCUUACAGAUGACUUCUCGCGCUCUUUGUGGAGGGGGGAGUUGACAUCAGUGACGUCAUGACAGGGGGAGGGUUAAACGCCUACAGCUUGGAAGAAAAGGGGAUCCUCUUUCCUCUAAAUCACGUGAUUGACACAGCGUUCUAGUAAGCACUGGUGAUCACAGUACUGUUCAUGGACUAAAGAAGACGACGGCUGUCUCCCUCUACCCUUGCCUCUGCGGAAGGUUUGUCAACAUCACGUGGACACGGUGCUGUUAAAAUAAAACCCCGAAAACGAUGAAUACGUUCAACGACAUCGCUGCUUGGAUCAGCAGACAAGCUUCCAUAUUCACCUUUGUAGUUCUGGGGUUUGCGGGCUACCUAUGGGGCGAUGAACUAUUCUGCUGUCCUUGCACGGGAGGAUGCGUGCGCUUUGUAUACACCUUGUCACUAGCAUUUUCUCCAGCCUUCCUAAUUUUUGUUUUUGAUACCCACUGGACGGCUGCACAUGCUAGCUGGAUUAUCAACAAAUAUUGUUCAUUGUCGUCUUUUACCCUUUUUCGUCGUCCUCUGAUCCUUGCAAUAGCCUGGGUGGUCUACAGUGGCAUAAACCCAAGGUUUGCAGAAUGUUUAACACAAGAGGGAAACUGCACCUCGAAAGCAGAAGAACGCAAAGGGAACCUGUUGACAGCCGUUGCAGGAGGCGUUCUUUGUCUUAGUUUCUUCACGUUUGCUGCCUGUAUUAUUUACAAUAUAUUUUGCCAGAGGACAUUUCUGUUUAGCCGCUUUCCCCAGAACGACAAAGCAGAGAAAUCGAUUACUGAAGGAGAAGAGAAACUAAAAAAAAAGUUCAAAGGAUUGACUCCAAAGACCCUAGCUGUCAUUGUGGAUGAAGAUCUUAUGAACCUUCAUCUACUGAAAAGUCUUACGGCUGAAAAUUUUACACAGUUGAAGGACAAGAUAACCAUCGGGCAGAUGAAAAUUCUACAGACAAUAUGCAGCGAGAUUGAUUUGCCAACAGAAGGCUUUGAUGAAAGAAAUGCUGCGGGUAUUGAUGCUGCUGCUGGUCAUGCUGUUGAUUCUCCUGGUAUUUGUAUUAAUGGAGUUUCUUCCAAAGAUCUGGAAGCGCCAAAAAGGCAAGCAGACGAAAAAACUCCUCUUCUUCUCAAAUAAGCAGAUCUUUUAUUCUUCUCGACAAAACAUCAUUAAAAUGUGAUUUCCGAUGUGAAAGAUCCCAAGUGGCGCAGUGGUACCAAAGUAUCUGUCAGAAACAGUCGUACUUUUGUUUAUUGUUAUAACAGACGAAGAAAAAUUUCCUCUUCAUGGAGACUCACAAUAUAGUGUAUUAACUCGGCUUGCUGAAACGAUAUCAUCCGUUACUACUAGCUUUGACAAACCCGGUAAAUUUAUGUUCUAUACCCAUAGCAAGAGAUACAUAUGGAUCUAUUUAUCUGUUUAUAUAUAUAUAUGUUUAUCUGUAUAUAUAUAUAUGGAUCUGUUUAUUGCUAUAACACAAAGAAGAAUUUCCUCUUCAUGGAGACUCACAGUAUAGUGUGUUAAUACGGCUUGCUGAAACGAUCCGUUACUAUUAGCUUGGACAAACCCG